UCCACAUUCGUCCACACGAUCCAUCCAAUGUUCCCCGCCGCACGUUGCUUCGUCCCCCUCCACCCCCAGCCGCACGCCACAAUCCCCUGCCGCCGCGCGCCGGCGCGCCCCACGGUGUCAGCCAAGCCGCGGCGCUGGACCAGAGGCCCCCGCCGCGACCGCUCAUGGGACGAUGACGGCGGCGGCGGCGGCGGCGGCUCCGAUGCCGACGUCGACGACGGCUUCUUCGGGCAAGAGCAGGACGACGACGGCGACGAGGAGCCGGAGCGGGAGGAGGCAGCGUCCGGACGGCCCGCCUCGCCGGCGCCGGCGCCCGCGGGGGGCCAGCUGCGGGGGUCCGACGUGCUGCGCGCUAUGCAGAGGGCCGCGGCGGCGAAGCAGGCGGCCAGGAGGAAGAGUGACAAGAAGCCGGUGGCGCAGCGGCGGGGCAGCAAGGGGAAGACGGAGGGAGGCGACGUGGAGGUCCGGGAGGUGAGGCCGGCGGUGAUAAGGCCCGAGUGGGCGGCGAGGAUCCGGGAGCUGGAGCUCAGGGUCCAGCAGCUCGCCGACAAGUACCAUCACCACCAGUAGUAGGCUUGUGACUGCUCUGCUCUAUCAUGUCUUAUGCCACGCACACUGCUAAUCUCGAUUAAGGAUGCAACAGGGUUAACAAGCCAAAGUCAUAAUCUGACAGUUCGUAGUGAAUGCGAUUGCGCACUGCGGCAUUUCAUUCCCUGCCAAUCUGUGCAUGUGUUCGCGGUAAGAUUUUCCAUGUGUUUCAGGCACAAAUUGUGCUACUAAGAAGCCUGAACUUUAGAAAA